UACUCCACUUCUGGAAGCCACAUCACUUUCACCAUGAAGGGUUUGAAGUCCAUGACUUUAACGUAUGUUCUCACACUCUUACUGGCUGCAUUUGUCACGCAAACCUGGAGUGCACCAAAGGCUUCUUUCCAAAGGAGAAACUGGAGCCCGCAGGCUAUGCUGUACCUCAAAGGCACUCAAGGGCGCAGGUUCAUCUCAGAGGACCGAAAAGAGGGUGAUGUGUAUGACACAUUACACUUAAAGACCCGUAGCCAGAACACAGAGAAGCUGAGCGUGGAUCAAGCCGCCACUGUUUUACUCAACUUUUUGCAGCAAGCCAGGGAUGGAGCGGAUGAAAACCCGGAUGAGAUGUACUUCCAGGAGAUGCCGGUGUGGAAGAGAGAAUACUUCUAA